AUGCGGAGGUUUGGGACAAUUUAUAAGCAGCUUUGUUGCCGGCAGUCAAGUUCUUACGCUGCCGGUCUAUUUAACUUUAAGAUUGUACCGGCAGAAAUGUUUCCCUAUCCUAUUCGAAAGCUAGAUGGUGAGGAAGCAGAGAAUCUUCAAUCUGUGCUAGAAACUCUCCGAAACGGUGGUAAUAUACUGACAAGUCUUUAUGGUGCACGAAUAGCAGCGGAAUAUGGAGGAUUGGGACUAGGGUACACUGCCCAUGGACUUAUUUAUGAUGAGUUAGGCGCUAAAUGUGAGGAAAAAUUAUUGUCUACAAUUCGACAUGGCGGGGUUUGUACUCAUCUUUUGGAAACUGUUGGAGCCAAAGAUGUUAAAGGAAAGUAUUUAACUGCAAUGUCUGAUGGAAGUGUGAUAAUGGGGUGGGCAGUUGAAGAAGAUGUUUUCGGAAGUGAUAUCAGUAUGAAUACUACAAAAGCUGUUCAUCAUGAUGAUAGUGGUUACAAAUUGUCCGGCAAAAAGCGUUCUCUUGAUGUAGCAUCGGCCACACAUUUUUUGGUUUUGGCCAAGACACUUACUCAAACUUCAACAGUGGAUGGUGCAGCCGUUACACAUCGCAGCUCACUUUUUGUUUGUUCCAAAGAUGCACCAGGAAUAAAAAUUGAGGGCAAUACACUUAUUUUAGACAAUACCCCUGCUUCUGAUUUUGUUGGUGUUGUUGGUGAAGGUUUUAAAGAUGUAAUGAUUACACUGUUUUCAGAGCAAUACCUUUAUGCGGUUUCAUUAUUGGGUACAAUGAGACGUAUAGUAGAAGAACUGCAGGGUAUAAAUGAGGAAAAGGUUAUUGAAGAUAUAGUACCAUCAUGUAUUUGCGCUAUAUACGCUAUGGAAUCUGCAGUUUACGCACUAACGGCUAAUAUGGAUGUACCAACAGAAGACAGUUUAUUGGAAUGUACGCUUGUUUGUGCAUUUGUACAAUCUACUGUCUCAACCUUGAUACAAAAGCUAGAAAUAUUAACAUUGCCAAACAAAGUGUUAGACAAGUGUUUUGAUCAUGCCAAAAAAUCUCUCGCCUUAAUGGAGUCUCGAGAUUUCCUUUAUGCCACUGCAAGUUGUUGUGGUGUUGAAGAUUAUGGUCUAUUUUUUCAAAAAGCUUCAACUUUGCAGAUGAUGCAAGCAAGGACACUCCGGUUGUUGGGAAUGCGUGAUCGUGUUCCUUUAAAGGGUGUUCCAGAAAUUUCUUUAAUUGAAGAGGCAGUUGUCAAAUUUGGUGAUGCUGUAGAAGCGACCUUCGUUAAAAAUGGUUCACAAGUCCCAUAUCAACAGCUUCUGCUUAACCGACUUGGUGAGGCUGCAUCUCUUCUCUAUGCUGCCUCGGCUGUUGCAUCACGGGCUUCCAUGUGCACCCAAAAAGGUCUUCCUUCAGCAAAGGCUGAGGGACAGCUGGCUGCGUGUUUUAUUCGCUUUUCUGUUCAACGUGUUAAUACUCUUAGUGAAGAAUGUUGCAAUAUUGGCAAAACUGCCGAUGACGUUUACAAACGUAUUGCAUUGGAGAUCUGCGAAGAUGCAUUGCAAUAG